AUGGCCAGGGGGCAAUGCCCAGCAGGUUGGACUGAGUUUCAGUCAAGGUGCUUCCUGUUUUCGAGUAAAAAGAAACCAUGGAUUCAAGCAGAGAAACACUGCCUCAAGUUGGGUGGAAACCUGGCCUCUGUGCAUAGCCCUCAAGAGUACCACCUCAUACAGAAAUUCACUACUGAAAAUGCCUGGAUUGGGGGCCAUGAUGCUGUGGAGGAAGGACAGUGGCUGUGGAGUGAUGGAUCUCCAUUUCUCUACACUAAAUGGACACCUCGACAGCCUGAUAAUCAUAACGAAGAAGACUGUCUCUGUAUUAACUACAAAGGUAAGCACUACAUGGAGUGA